AUGAAUUUUCACACCAAGGAACAUGGCGACGCCCCUCAGUACCCUGGAAAGCCGGAGGCUAUUGAGGACCGCCUGUUUAUCAACGGCGAGUUCGUGCCGUCCAAGGCCGGGAAGAAGUUCGAUGUCUACAACCCGGCCACGGAGAAGGUCAGCGCGUCGGUGUACGAAGCUGAUGCCGACGACGUUGACCUUGCGGUGCAAGCUGCAAAGGCAGCAUUUCCUGCGUGGUCUGAGCUGAGCGCCCUGGAGCGUGGCCACUACCUCGAGCGGUGGGCAGACGCGUUGGAGAAAAGCCUGCCGGAAAUUUCAUACCUCGAUGCCAUCAGCAUGGGCAAGCCGGCCUACCCAGAUCCCAUUUCAGCUCUGGCACCAAUGAUCCCCAUGAUUGUGCGGUUCUUCGCCUCCAAGGCCCUAGAUGUGACGGGUGAAUCGUCGCUCAACACGGCGAACUUCAUCAAUAUCAGUCUGCGGCAACCAUACGGGGUUUGCGGGGCCAUCACCCCGUGGAAUGCCCCGGUGAUGUUCCUCGUCUACAAAACCGCUGCAGCCCUGAUCACCGGUAACACGAUGGUCCUCAAAUCAUCAGAAAAAGCACCCCUCAGCUCGUUGACUGCCGCGCGCUGCGCACAGGAGGCCGGAAUCCCCAAGGGCGUGUUCAAUGUCGUCAGCGGGCUCGGCAGGCCAUGCGGUGAGGCGAUCGCACGACACAUGGAGAUCCGCAAGAUUUCAUUUACGGGCUCUACGGCGACAGGGCGGGCGAUCCAGAAGAUUUCAGCCGAGUCCAACCUCAAGAGCGUGACCCUGGAGUUGGGAGGCAAAUCGCCCUUGAUCAUCUGGGACGAUGCCGAUCUUGCAAAGGCGGUUCCGGCAGCUGCGAUGUCCAUUCUCAUGAACACGGGACAGGUCUGCAAUGCCAGCACGCGCAUCUACAUCCACUCCGCAGUGGCAGACCACUUCCUCGACAGCUUGCAGGCCACGAUGAAGCUGAUGGGCGCGAGUGGCGACCCGCUCACCAACGGGACCAUGCGCGGGCCGCAGGCAGAUAAGGCGCAGUUCGAGCGGGUGCUGAGCUACCUCGACGAGGCGAGAGAGUCGGCAGAGGUGACGGUGACGCUCGGCGGAAACAAGGAGGAGGGUCGUACAGGCUACUUCAUCCAGCCGACGAUUCUCACCAACGUGCCUGAAGACUCGCGGUUGGUGAAGGAGGAGAUCUUCGGGCCUGUUCUGAUCGUCAACACGUUUUCCGACGAGGAGGACGUGCUGCGCAAGGCCAACGACACCGAGUACGGACUGUACUCGAGCAUUUUCACCCGUGAUAUCUCGCGGGCCUUGCGCGCGGCUAAGCGUCUUGAGGCCGGCACUGUCGCAAUCAACUGCACGAGCCCGACUCUGGCCUUCGAUAUGCCGUUUGGUGGGUGGAAGGGGAGUGGUGAAGGUCGCGAGUUCAGUCGGUAUGCCACCGACUACUGGACCGAACUGAAGUCUGUGUAUAUGGCGCUGUAA